CAGGAACCCGUGAACUAUGGAGUAAUUGAUUCGAUAGCACCUGCCAACCGAUCAGGCAUAUGCUUUCGGCCAAGCGUACACUAUGACUAUGAUGGGAUGUGCGGCUACGUGCAACAGAUGGAUAUGUACGUACCGUACCUUACCCAUGAUGGUGGGAUGAUCCCUCCUUCUCUACCACGAAUUCUCUCACCUGAAUUUCCUCGGACUCACGGAGUACCAAUGUAAAGAAAGGCCUGUAUUUGAUUCUUCCGAUAGACUGCCGUAAAGUAGC